GCAGCCACCAAAAAGCGGGAGAUGCCUACCAGAGGGGGUGGCGGGAGAAAGGAAGCGGUCAAGAGGAAACAGGAGGUGGGGCCCGGGAAAAGGCCCAGGGCAACGGAAGCCCCGGUCCCCUUCCCUCCGGAACUCCUGCCACCUCUGGAGAGCGAAUCCAAGAUCCCGUCGCUCCCAUCCGGGUGCAUCCUGGCUGAGAGGGCCAUCGCCUGCCCCGGAAACAAGCUGUCGGCCAUCCCGGAACUGGCAGAUCCUGCCCUCCACACACUCUACCUAGCAGACAACGACAUCACCACCAUCUCCUCCACCGAUUUUGCCCGCCUCCCGAACAUCCAGUGGCUGGACCUGAGCCGUAACAAUGUGGGGGAUGAGGGAAUGGACUCCGAGGCAUUUCGGAACCUCACCCGCCUCCGAAGGUUGAAUCUGGACGGCAACAGGCUUGGCAAGGUCCCCUGGCUGCCCCCUUCGCUCGAGGAGCUAAAGCUCAAUGACAACAGGCUGACUGCCAUCGACCGCAACAGCUUCAGAGGUCUGUCUCGUCUCCUGACGCUGGAUCUGGAGGGCAAUGGACUAGACGACGGAAAUCUGAACCCCGCCUCCUUCCGGCCACUCCGGAAGCUGGUCUACCUGCGCCUGGGUCGGAACCGUUUCCGGGCACUUCCCUCCGGGCUUCCCUCCUCCCUGCGGGAGCUCUAUCUGGAGAACAACCGGAUCGAGGAGAUCCCGGGAGGAUUGCUAAACAAAACCAUCAACCUCACCAUCCUCAUUCUCCGGAAUAACAGUCUUCAGGAAAACCGGAUCUCUCCUCAGGCCUGGUUUCACCUGCGGAACCUGGAGACUCUGGACCUGUCCCACAAUCGGAUGGUGCACGUCCCGUCGUUUCUCCCCACCGGCCUGAAGCAGCUGCUUCUCCACCACAACCAGAUCGAGCGGAUUCCGGGCUACGUGUUUGCACACCUCAGGCCGGGUCUGGAGUUCCUCCACCUGUCCUAUAACAACCUGCGUAACGAUGGCAUCCACGCUAUCUCCUUCCUGGGCCUCUACAACUCACUGCAGGAACUGCUGCUCGACCACAACCAGCUCCGGGCCAUCCCGCGAGGGAUCCUCAAACUCCGCGUCCUCCAGGCGCUGAGGCUGAGUGACAACCACAUCAGACACGUGUCAAUGGACUCCAUCUGUGACACGCGGAUUGCCGAGGACUCCAGCCUGGUGUCUGUCCACCUGGAGAACAACCUGAUUGACCGGAGACUCAUUCCGCCCACCGCCCUGUCCUGCAUCCGCUCCUACCAGAGUGUUGUUCUGCGGCCACAGAGGUUUGAGGACUAGACCGGACCCCCUCCGAGCCCGGAACAGAGCCUGCACUCCUCCCCAAACCCGAAAUACUCACCUUUCCUCCCCAAACCUGAAAUACUCACCUUUCCUCCCCAAACCCGAAAUACUCACCUUUCCUCCCCAAACCCGAAAUACUCACCUUUCCUCUCCAAACCCGAAAUACUCACCUUUCCUCCCCAAACUCUGAAAUAUGCAUCCCAAAGCACGCACCCACCCCAAACCCCGAAACACACACCCCAUCUCAAGACCCAAACACGACACUCCACCCUGAAGCCCAAAACAUGGUCCUCACAGUGAACCCCAAAAUAGGCUUCACCUGAAUAUCCGAAAUGCACAUCACAUCCCAACCCUGAAAUACAAACUCAGUAUACUGUCCCCACUCUCUCCAAACCCCAAUAUACAGACCCCACACUCUGCAAACCCCAAUAUACAGACCCCACACUCUGCAAACCCCAAUAUACAGACCCCAACUCUGCAAACCCCAAUACAGUCCUGACUCUCUGAACCCCAAUGUACAGACCCAACUCUCCUAACCUCAAUAUACAGUUCUGAACUUUCUGAACCCCAAUAUACAGUCCUGAACUCUCUGAACCCAAUAUACAGUCCUGAUCUCUCUGAACCCCAAUAUACAGACCUCACCACUCCAAACCCCAAUAUACAGUCCGGACCUCUCUGAAUCCCAAUAUACAGACCCCAGCACUCCAUACCACAAUAUACUGUCCUGACCUCUCUGAAACCCAAUAUACAAACCCCACACUCUCCAAACCCCAAUAUACAGAACCCCACUCUCCAAACCCUAAUAUACACACCCCCAUACUCUCCAAACCCCAAUAUACAGUCCUGACCUCUCUGAAUCCCAAUAUAGAGACCCCACCCCUCAACCUGCCGACCCAUUCUCUUCGAGCAGCAAGAUACAACGAUUGUGGCAACACACACACAAAAUGCUGGAGGAACUCAGCAGGCCAGGGAGCAUCUGUGGGAAAGAGUAAACAGUCGACGUUUUGGGCCGAGACACUUCAUCAGGACUGGAAAAAAAGUGAGAAGUCAGAGGAAGAGGGUGGGGGAGGGAGGAAGAACUACAAGGUAGUAGGUGACAAGUGAGGGGGACGGGUGAAGAGGUGGGAAGUUGAUUAGUGGAAGAGAUACAGGGAUGGAGGGUGGAAUCUGAUAGGAGAGGGUAGAGGGCCAUGGAAAAAUGGGAAGGGGGGAGCACCAGAGGGAGGCGAUGGGCAGGUAAGGAGAUAAGGUGAGAGACGGAAUGGGAAUGGAGAGUGGUGAAGUUGGCGGGGGGCAUCACCAGAAGCUCAUGGCAUCAGGUUGGAGGCUACCCAGAUGGAAUAUAAGGUGCUGUUUCUCCAACCUGAGUGUGGCCUCAUCACGACAGUAGGAUUGACAAAUCGGAAUGGGAAUGGGAGCCGGAAUUGAAAUGGGUGGGCACUGGGAGAUCCUGCUUCUUCAGGCAGGUAGGACUGUAGGUGCACGUCGAAGCGGUCUCCCGAUCUACAUCAGGUCUCACCGAUAUACAGGAGGUCACACCGGGAGCACUGGACACGGCAGAUGACCCCAACGGACUCACAGGUGAAGAGUCGCCUCACCUGGGUGGACUGUUUGGGGCUCUGGAUGGUAGUGAGGGGGGAGGUGUAGGGGCAGCUGUAGCACUUGUUCUUCUUGCAAGGGUAAGUGCCAGGAGGGAGAUCAGUGGGGAGGGAUGAAUGGACAAGGGAGUUGUUUAGGGAGCGAUCCCUGCGGAAAGCAGAAAGUGGGGAAAGGGAAAGAUGUGCUUGGUGGUGGGAUCCCGCUGGAGGUGGCGGAAGUUACAGAGCAUUAUGUGCUGGACACGGAGGCGGUGGGGAAGGAGGUGAGGAUAAGAGGAUCCCUAUCUCUGGUGGGGUGGCAGGGGGAUGGGGUGAGGGCAGACGUGGGCGAAAUGGAAGAGAUGUGGGUGAGGGCAGCGUUGAUGGUGGAGGAAGGGAAGCCCCUUUCUUCGAAGAAGAAAGACCUCUCAUUAGUUCUUGAAUGAAAAGCUUCAUCCUGAGAGCAAAUGUGACAGAGGUGGAGGAACUGGGAGAAGGGGUUGGUGCUUUCACAAGGAUUGUGUUUGAGAUUGGUGGUGCGUUAGUGCUAGAAAGACCGCAGAGGAGACUCACCGGAAUUUUAGCAGGACUGGAGGGAGGGAGCAUCUGGACAGGCUGGGACAGUUUUCCCUGGAGUGUCGGAGUCGGAGGGGUGACCUGCCAAAGUUAGGGAACGUGUAGAUACAGGCAAAAUCCACAUACAGGGUACGGAAACACAUAUUUGAAAAAUUAAAUGACCACCACACUAAUAGGAUAUAAAAUUCACUGUUAUGAGGUUUAUAUACGAAAAAUAAACUCAACCGUGAAAAAGUAGUCACUUUUAUUGUGCAAAAUUAGGUAUGUGGUAUUUAGAGGGGUCCCGGAGAGUAUGUCAGUAUUUACAGGGGGUCCUGGGAAGUGUGUCGAUAUUUACAGGGGUCCCCGGGGAGUGUGUCGGUAUUUACAGGGGUCCCGGGGAAUGUGUCAGUAUUUACAGGGGUCCUGGGGAGUGAGUUGGUAUUUACAGGGGGUCCCGGGGAGUGUGUCAGUAUUUACAGGGGGUCCCGGGGAGUGUGUCAGUAUUUACAGGGGAUCCCGGGGAGUGUGUCUGUAUUUACAGGGGAUCCCGGGGAGUGUGUCUAUAUUUACAGGAGGGUCCCGGGGAGUGUGUCUGUAUUUACAGGAGGGUCCCAGAGAGUGUGUCUGUAUUUGCAGGGGGUCCUGGGGAGUGAGUUGGUAUUUACAGGGGGUCCCGGGGAGUGUGUCGGUAUCUAUUGGGGGUCCUGGGGAGUGUGUCGAUAUCUAUAGGGGGUCCUGGGGAGUGUGCCGGUAUUUACUGGGGGUCCUGGGGAGUGUGUCAGUAUUUACAUGGGUCCCAGGGAGUCCGUCAGUAUUUAUGGGGUGUUCCCGGGGUGUGUGUUAGUAUUUACAGAGGGUCCCAUGGUCCUGAGGUUUGAAACCUUGAAGUUCCUGGGAACAAACUUCACUAUCUGCCUGAUGAGCUGUGUCCAAAUCUCUCUGAAGUUUCUUGUGGUCUCUGGACCUCUCCUUUGGCCCCGAAUCACUAACAACCUUUGACUGAAAGGGUUAACGUAUGAGGAGGGUUUGAUGGCUCUGGGCUGCUACUUGCUGGAUUUAGAAGAAUGAGGGGGGCGUCUCAUGGAAACCUAUCGAAUAUUGAAAGGCUUAGACAGAGUGGGCACAGAAAGGGAGAAUGGGAGAGUCCCGGACCAGAGGGCUCAGCCUCAGAAUACAAGGAUGUCCCUUUAGAACAGAGAUGAGAAACAUAGAAACAUAGAAACAUAGAAAAUAGGUGCAGGAGUAGGCCAUUCGGCCCUUCGAGCCUGCACCGCCAUUUAUUAUGAUCAUGGCUGAUCAUCCAACUCAGAACCCAGCCUUCCCUCCAUACCCCCUGACCCCUGUAGCCACAAGGGCCAUAUCUAACUCCCUCUUAAACAUAGCCAAUGAACUGGCCUCAACAGUUUGCUGUGGCAGAGAAUUCCACAGAUUCACCACUCUCUCUGUGAAGAAGUUUUUCCUAAUCUCGGUCCUAAAAGGCUUCCCCUCUAUCCUCAAACUGUGACCCCUCGUUCUGGACCUCCCCAACAUCGGGAACAAUCUUCCCGCAUCUAGCCUGUCCAAUCCCUUUAGGAUCUUAUACGUUUCAAUCAGAUCCCCCCUCAAUCUUCUAAAUUCCAAUGAGUACAAGCCCAGUUCAUCCAGUCUUUCUUCAUAUGAAAGACCUGCCAUCCCAGGAAUCAAUCUGGUGAACCUUCUUUGUACUCCCUCUAUGGCAAAGAUGUCUUUCCUCAGAUUAGGUGACCAAAACUGCACACAAUACUCCAGGUGUGGUCUCACCAAGGCCUUGUACAACUGCAGUAGUACCUCCCUGCUCCUGUACUCGAAUCCUCUCGCUAUAAA